AUGUCUAAACCAACUAUGAAAAGCAUCGAUGAGAUGUUUUACAGCAAGUCAGCUGAGGAUGAGGAACAUUUUAGAUCAAAAACCAUGGGACUUGUUUCUAUGGAAACUUAUAAAAGACAUAUAAGCGAUAUUCGGAAAGGGAUUAAAUCUGAAAGUAAUUCGAAAAAAACAAAAAUCAUGACAGAACCUAAACGUAAGAGGAAUAAAUCUAAUCCUUUAUCAUUUGAAUUUAAUCCGGGCAAUGAUAUGCCUGACCAAAUUCUUGAGGAAAAUGAUCAUUCUGAACAUAUAUUUAGAAAAGGUAUUUCCUCAUCUAAAAUAUAUUCGGGAUUGGAGGGUUCUCCAUUAGAAAAAGAAUUCAAUGAAUCUCAUGAUAAAGACUCAGAUCUAAACUUUAAUACAAUUGGGAAAGAUACAUCUAUUGAUACCUCCUUUCUUCCUGACAAAAAAAGGGAACUAGAGGAGAUUAAGGUAAAAGAAAGACUUAAAUUAGAAGAGCUUGAACAAGAAGAAAAGUUAAAGCAAGAAAUUAUUGAGGUAGUCUUUUCUUAUUGGGAUGGAAGUGGCCACAGAAGGUCUGUUCGUGUUCCAAGAAAUACCACUAUUGGGGAGUUUCUUGAGAAAUGCAGAAUAAAGCUAAAAUCAGAAUUCAAAGAGUUUUCGAGACUAUCCAGCUCAUCAAAACCAAAGCGAGAGGGAAAUCAGGUAGGUUUAAGCUUGAAAGCAAUUAUUAAGCUUUAUUUAGCCGUUUUCGGACUAAUUUUAGGACCUCUAUUCCACUUUAAUGUAUUUGAUGAUAUCCGCGAAAAGAGCGAUAUCAGAAAAGAAACAACUGAAUCUCAUGCAGGAAAAAUAGUUAAAAGACAAUGGUACGAAAAGAAUAAGCAUGUUUUCCCUGCAUAUAGAUGGGAAAAUUAUGUACCUGGAAAGUUCAACAAACCCUAUAGUAUGAGAGGAGACUAA